AUGCUGCAAUGGAGCAAGCCGAGCACAAUUGGAGCAGGCCUCCACAACGUGGGCAACACCUGCUUCCUCAACUCCACCCUCCAAUGCCUCACCUACUGCCCUCCUCUUGCCAACUACUUCCAAUCGAGGCAGCACUCCAAGGCCUGCCGCAAGGUUGGUUUUUGCGCGAUGUGCGUAAUGGAGAGGCACGUGGUGGCCGCCCUCAAGGCCACAUCUGGCGCCAUCGUGCCCAAGGAGAUCGUGUCUCAGCUUCGAGCGAUUGUGAAGCACUUCCGUUUGGGCAGGCAGGAAGACGCCCAGGAGUUCCUGUGCUAUCUGCUCAGCGGCAUGCACAAGAGCAGUUUGCCACAAGGCGAGAAGCUGGAGGCACGCAUUGAACAGACGUCGGUCGUGCACAGGAUAUUCGGAGGUCACCUCCAGAGUUCGCUGGAGUGCACGGCCAUGAGGCUAUGCGCCAAGCGAAGUAGAGCGAAGAAGCAGUUGAGCAUUCACGAGGCGCCCAACGUUCUCGCGAUUCAGCUCAAGCGGUUUUCCUAUCGGUCGAUGUUUGGAGGCAAGAUCAGCAAGUUCAUUUCCUACCCCGCCAAGCUCUCGCUGAAGCCGUUCAUGAGCAAGAACCAGUAUGACUCCAAUCCAUGCUACGACCUCUACGGCGUGCUCGUGCACAGCGGCUACGACACGCGCGCCGGACACUACUAUUGCUAUAUUAAGAACUCCAACGGCAUCUGGCACGAGAUGAACGAUUCCACUCGGCGACAAGUGAGCCAGGAGCAAGUGAUGAAGCAGCAGGCCUAUCUUCUCUUUUAUGUGAGAUCACCCGCUUCUUUGCCGGCACAGCUCAAUGGCAAUGAGAGCAGCGAGAGCGAUCAGGAGGCCAAGAGCAAGAAGCGAAAGCGACCGGUCGCCAACAAGCAUGAUUCGGAAGAGGAGGAGGACGACGGCGAGGGCAAGAAGCAGAGCGUCAGAAGCCCGGUGUCGCCCAAGCAAGCCGCCAAGAAGGGGAAGCUGGCUCAGAAUGGAGAGGACCUCGGCGAGGCGGUGACCAGGAAGGAUCUCUCGAACAACAAGAAGACGACCAGCACUACGCCCCCGCAGACGAAGAAGCGACGACUCUCGUCCGAGGCGGCCUCCACCGGUGCUGGCAGCACUCCCAACGGCAAGGAAUCUGCGUCGCCGCUGCAGCCGACGAAGGGACUCGACGGUUUCACGGCCUUCAACCAGAUGAAGGUCGCCAAUGGGGAGAAGCAGCAGACGACUGCCAGCCCCAGCCCCAAGAAGCAGCCCGCGGCGAACGGCAAGGCCAACGGGGAUCACCAGCCCCAGAAAGCGAAGGCGUCCGCUGCACCGCCGCAGGGCAAGGCGAAGGAGGCGCGGAAGGAGGGCGACGCCAUGGAGCAGGAGCAGGAGCACGAUGAGGACGGUUUCGACUACGCGCGAAUGAGCAUCGACGACCUCUUCGCCCAGUUUGACGACGAAGGCAAGGAGAAGAGCGUGGCCGACAAAAAGGGCAAGAGCGAGAAGCAGGCCAAUCCCCCUGUGGCCUCGCCCGCGAAGACCAAGCUCGCGCCUACCAAGGAGAAGCUUGCGCCCGUCGUCCCGGCGAAGCCCGAGACCGCAGUAGAGGCCAAGGUGGUCGAAGCGCCGAAGCCGGUCGAGAUCCAACCGAUCGUGGAAAGCAAUGGCGCAGUCGCUACGGCGACCACCCCCGAUGGAGCUGGCAAGAAGAAGCGGAGGCGAAGGCGCAACAAGAACGCCGCAAAUGGUGGCGAGGCCAAUGGCGUCGCCGUGUCACCGGCGAAGGAGAACGGGCACGCGCAGCCUGCCGCCGUCGUCAACGGCAACGCCAUCGCUCACACGCCGGAGAAGGCCAAGCCUUCGCAGAAUGGCUCGAGUGACUCCAAUGGUACGCCGCUGAAGAAUGUCCCCGAAGCGAAGAACGUCGAGCCUGCCAUGGGACAGAAGAGGAAGAGGGAGGAGGAGCAGAAGGAAGUCGUGGUCGAGGAGACGAAGAAGCACAAGCCUGACGACGCCACUCCCGCUCCUACUUCCGCUCCCGCUCCUACUUCCGCUCCCGCUCCUACUCCUGCUCUCGCUCCUACUCCCGCUCCUGCCAACAAAGACAACAACGCCAAUGGCAAGGAGAAGAAGGAGAAGGUGGUGGUGGGCAGCGGCAAGAACGACAAGGUGCUCUCCUUCGACGACCUCGUGUUCCGACGAGGCGGCAAGGGCAAGGACCUGGUGGACUCGUCGCCGCUCGGCAAGGGCAAGAAGGCGUCCGACGGCGCCAAGGAGUGGGAGCAGUACCUCAAGCUCAACACCAAGGACAACCAGCUCGAGACCAAGAAUGUCACGCACUGGGACGGCGUGAAGGGAAUCGAGAGCAAGGUGGCCAAGCAGAAGCACCUCCUCCAGACCGCCCCCGAGCUCCAGAUUGAGAAGCGUCAACGAGAUGAGUGGGACGAGGAGUACGACAAGGGCCGUACCAAGAAGAUCAAGCAGAAGCCUAUCGCAGCCCCCUCUGGGAGCGCCAACCCCUUCCAGUCCCUCCAGAACGAACAGCGCGAACGCAAGCGUCACCUGUCGUGCAACCUGCAGGAGGCGGAGAAGCACGGUGGUGGCGAUGAGGGCGGUGGCCGUGGUGGCUUCCGCGGCGGACGCGGUCGCGGCCGUGGCGGCCGUGGGCCCAUGGGUGGGCGACGAGGCGGUGGAGGCCGCGGUGGCAGGGGUGGUCGGGGAGGCCACAGGUCCUAG